AUGGCUCCCACGAUAGACAGGCAAGGAUACUGGGGGCGGCCGACCUCAACGCUGGACUGGUGUGAAGAAAAUUAUGUCGUCUCUUUUUACAUCGCGGAAUUCUGGAACACUGUCAGCAACCUCAUUAUGAUUCUCCCUCCCAUUUGUGGGGCCAUCCAGACAUUUCGAGACGGCCUCGAGUUUCGCUACGUCUGCUCCUUCCUCGGACUGGCAGCUGUUGGCGUCGGCUCCUGGUGCUUCCACAUGACACUGCUAUAUGAGAUGCAGCUACUGGACGAGUUGCCUAUGAUUUACAGUACAUGCGUCUUUGUCUACUGUCUAUAUGAGUGCUUCAAACAGGAGAACAGCCUUAGCUUAUUUCCUAUUGCAAUUUUAUUAAUCUUCAGCGUCUCAGUCACUGUGGUAUACUUGCAGUGGAAGGAGCCAGUGUUUCACCAGGUCAUGUAUGGUGCUUUAGUAGCUUGCCUAGUGAUGCGAUCCAUCUUCAUUGUUACAUGGGUGUACCCAUGGCUCAGACCGCUGUGUUACACCUCCUUAUCUAUCUUUAUGUUGGGGUUCCUGCUGUGGAACAUUGACAACAUCUUCUGUGACUCAUUAAGAGCCAGUAGACAAACACUGCCCCCUGGUGUUGGAGUAGUAACACAGUUCCAUGCCUGGUGGCACAUCUUCACAGGCCUGGGGUCCUACCUGCACAUACUUCUCAGCCUUCAGAUCAGGUCAACCUACCUCAAGUACAGACCAAAAGUAAAGUUCCUGUGUGGAGUCUGGCCCACAUUGCACAUUGAACCACAGAAGACAAGCUGAAGUGAAGGGAUUGGUACCAGCUGAAGGAUGGUGACUGCCAUAUCCAAACACCAUCGGCACAGGGACCCACUGCUGGCACGUCAGCCCACAGGCAGGGGGCAGGUGGACCCCAAGACAUCACCCCAGGGAGCCUUUGGCUCUGCACUGUGGGUACAGUAUAGCACUGAUUCCAGUUUUAAGAAAUGGGAGAUUUUUUCAUCAGUCAUAAUUUAUUAGACUAGCUUUUCUGUAACUUCAUUGAAAUAUAAUAAUUUUAUUUUCUCCUUCAUUUCCAACGCAAAUAUGAUAUGUAGUCCACUGCAGUGGCAACUGUUGAAGGGAUUAUGGAUAUUAUCUUGAUUGGGGUUUGGGAAAAGGGAAAACAGUGUCAUUAAUUCAGAAUUCACAUUAACAUAUUUAUCCUCAUAUGUUCGGUUCUGUCAAAGUUUAAAUCUCCUAAACCUAAAAAUAUUUAAAUAGAUCCCUAAACUAAAGUAUAACUAAGUAUAACUAUUGCUUAUGUGUAGUUUUACAAGUAGCUGAGGGAGCUGUACUUACAACUCAGUGCUGUCCUAUCCCUUUUCAAGGAGUAUCAUAUUGUAUUUUAUGGGAUAGUAACUAUCAUCUAGAAAGUGAAAGUGGUACUGUGUUAUUGUAGCUCAGCUGUCUUUACCACAAGAUCCUUAUUCAUUUGUUUGGCCACAGGCUUCAUUUUUCCUUGAAAUUUUCCUAUCAACAUAUGGAAAGACUGGAAUUAUACAUUUCUUUUUUGUUGUUGUUGUUGUUGCCAAAGUUCCUCUGGGAUUUAAAACAGUCAAGGAUUGUGUGAGAAAUGUUAAUGUUUUACCUCACUGAAAGCAAACAAGAAAUCCAGCACCUACAUAUAAUUUUGUUACAAAACAUCAUUACACUGACUCAUAAUUGUGUUUAGGACCAGGUUUAACUUUGCCCAGCUACACAGCGCAAGCUGGACCACUAUUUACACCUCGGGUCUCUGGACACUUUUACAGUGCUGUCACAGUCGUUAAAGUGAUAGUCCACACAAAUUUGUAGUCCGUGAAGGACUAGGACUUUAGAGCCACCUUUCAGGCCCACGUGGGUUUUGUAUUGGUUUUGUAUCAGAAUCACAAUGACCCUCCUUUAGGGUGUGUUAGACCACUUUGUUUGGAUUUUACAAAUAUCUUGAGGACAUGAUCAGGCAAACAUGCAGAAGCAUCACUGGAAAUGCUUGGCUUGAGAUGGACUUGAGAUAGAGUACAAUCACACUGACCCGAUGACAGUGUGAUUGUACUCUAUCUCAAGCCAUGAUCAGUGGUCAGAUUAUUGCAGCUGAUGUGUUCAGCUCGCAUAGAGCGCAGUAAGAGUUGAAACCCAGCUAACUAAGCCAGCUAACAAAGAUUACCUGCGAAAGAAAUACAUUUCUGAAUCUUAAUUGUUAAUAUUCAGUCAAAGGACCAAGUGAAUGAAUGGGACAUAUCUGAAUAAUUGCAUCUUAAUAAACUGUAGGGAAUCAGGUACUAGACACAGCCAGUUCUGGGUUGCUCUUGUCUCAUGCUUCCUUAACAUCUGUCAUGACAGUAAACACUAAUGUUUCCCUUUCUUAUGAAAAAAAACCAACGCUUGAUUUAUGUGAAAAGUAUUUAGAUUCCCUCUAUCUACAGGUACUUAAACCUUCCCCACAAUACCACUAUUUUAUUUAUUUCUCUAUUAUUUAUUAGUCUUUGUUUAAUUUAUUCACACCAUGGCAUUAAGAUGAAGAGUCAAGUGGCACAUGCACAAUCCUUGUUGUGAAGUUUAUGAUACAACCACUAGGUGGCAGAUAUUUCCAGCUUAUUUCAGACAUUGCCAAGCAUGCCAUAUAGUGCAUUGACAAACUACCUACCUACUGUAAAACGUUUAGGCCUCAGUUUUCAUGUGGUGUUAAAUGAAGGGCUUUUUAUUUACAAUAUUUAUUUUGCUACUGUGAACUUGUGGAGUAACUGGUAAACUGGAAGAUGCACAACAUUAUUGUUGUAUGGAGAUAUCUGUAUUAGUGUGGCCUCCUUAGCUGCUUUGUCCUGAGACAACACAUUAGUUUUUCAUUAUACACACACGCUGUGUCACUAACUCUGAUAUGCUUGGGUAUAACAGCUGUUUAAACCCAGUGUUACAAACGUUCAUAAGCACAUAAGUAUAACGUAUGAAAGAUAUGUAUUAACAUUUUUCAAAUGUCUGUGUGGAACCUUCAAUGUAUGUUAUCACUGCUCAUCAGUAGAGGUGAGCACGUAUCAAAGAGGGUGCCUUAUUGUUAUCCUUGCAGUGUAAUCCCAAGUUGCCUUGAUGUUUGUGAUAAACCAUUCAAUUUGUCCCUUGUGUUUUUGCAUUGAGCCCUUCCGCUGAUUAUUAGCAGUUAAGGCAUCAGGAGGACGAACAAUAACAGCUUCUAAUGCAAAGUCUGUGCCUGAUUCUUUGGCCUUCCAUUCAUUUCAUGUGUCCAACAAAUUAGUUACAGGUUGUUCUGAUGAUGUUAACUGUAGCUCAAAGUGGUAAUAAUUACAUGUUCAGGCCAGAAGAGCAAUUGUUUUUGUUGAACUUUGUUCAUGUGCCAGUCUUUAAUGAUGCCCUGUAUUGUCAAAUAAAAGAAAAUGUUUCAGACA